ACCGUCUGAGUGUAUGUCAAAACAAAAACUGAAAAGUGUUGUGAAAUUUUGCGAAUUAUACUGUGAUUUUGUUGCUUGAUAUGAAUCUAAACUGUUGAAAUGAACAGCGGUAAAAAGCCAAUACUUCAGAACACGGGGAAACUAGUUCCCGAGAAAUCCGAUGGAGAUGAUUUUUACAACGAAGCUGGCUAUCGUCAAUCAAGGGAUAAUGAUAAAAUUGACUCGAAGUUCGGAUUUGAUAGGGUGAAGGAUACCCAGGAGCGAACAGGCUAUUUGAUAAACAUGCAUUCGACGGAGAUCCUUGAUGAAGACCGUCGUCUAAUCGCUGCACUCGAUCUAUUCUUCAUUCAAAUGGAUGGUUCCCGAUUUAAAGCAACAAUUCCUUUCGCUCCGUAUUUCCUGAUAUUACCGCGAAGGGAACAGUGCGUGGAAGUUGCACAAUUCCUGGGAAAGAAGUAUGCUGGGCAGCUGGCAAGUAUAGAGCCAAUCUGUAAGGAAGAUUUAGACCUCCCGAACCAUCUCGUUGGUCUACAGCAGGAAGUGCUUAAGUUAUCAUUCUUAAAUUCUAAUGCCAUGACAAAGGUACGACGAGAGUUACAAGCAGUUGUGAGAAAGAAUCGCGAACGCGAAAAAACGAAUACGUUUUAUAUGCAAAUGCUAAGUCACUCAUUAGCAAAUGCGGCAGAGGGUAACGAUGGCGCAGCUCAGAAGAGCAAUGACUACAUGGAUUGUAUCUUAGAUAUUCGGGAACAUGAUGUUCCAUACCACGUUCGAGUUUCGAUUGACUUGAAGAUUUUUUGUGGUUUAUGGUAUAACAUACGUUGUCGUGGUGGAGGGCUUGAAAUGCCCAUAGUUACUCCUCGACCCGAUAUUCUAGAGCGGCCGGAGCCAAUUGUCCUUGCGUUUGAUAUUGAAACAACAAAAUUACCACUGAAAUUUCCUGACGCCCAAACGGAUCAAGUUAUGAUGAUAUCAUACAUGAUCGACGGCCAGGGCUAUUUGAUAACGAAUCGGGAAAUAAUCUCGUCAAAUGUUAAUGAUUUUGAGUAUACCCCCAAACCAGAGUUCGAGGGAAAUUUCAUCGUUUUCAAUGAAGAAAACGAAAUGGCCUUGUUGCAGAGAUUUUUUGACCACAUCAUGGAUGUAAAGCCACACAUAUUUGUUACAUACAAUGGUGACUUCUUCGAUUGGCCAUUCGUUGAAACGCGGGCUGCGGUCUAUGAUUUAGAUAUGAAACAAGAAAUUGGAUUCUCAAAAUCACGGGAUGGAGUGUAUCUAUGUCGCCCUUGCAUUCAUAUGGACUGCUUAUGUUGGGUGAAACGUGACUCUUAUCUUCCAGUUGGAUCUCAUGGUUUGAAGGCUGUAGCCAAAGCAAAAUUACGGUAUGACCCAGUCGAACUCGAUCCAGAAGAAAUGUGUAAAAUGGCUGUAGAGCAGCCUCAAGUCUUAUCCAAUUAUUCAGUUUCCGAUGCGGUGGCAACAUAUUAUUUAUACAUGAAAUACGUGCAUCCAUUUAUUUUUGCCUUGGCAACAAUUAUUCCCAUGGAGCCGGAUGAAAUUUUACGUAAAGGAUCAGGUACUCUUUGUGAGACACUUUUGAUGGUUGAAGCAUUUCAUGCUAAUAUUAUCUACCCGAAUAAACAACAAAGCGAAUUGAACAAAUUGUCGCAAGACGGCCAUGUACUGGAAACUGAAACAUAUGUUGGUGGCCACGUUGAAGCUCUUGAGUCUGGAGUUUUCCGAGCGGAUAUUCCAUGUCGUUUCAGAUUGGAUCAAGAUACGAUAAACAUGCUUAAUGAAAACGUCGAUAAAGUGUUAGCACAUGCUAUCGAAACUGAAGAAAAAGUUCCUCUGGAUAAAGUGACAAAUCUGGAAGAUGUUAAAAGUGAGAUAAAGAGAGCUUUGCAAGGACUGCAUGAUAUACCGAAUCGAUUGGAACAACCAGUUAUUUACCAUUUGGACGUAGGAGCCAUGUAUCCGAAUAUUAUUUUAACAAAUCGACUGCAGCCCUCUGCGAUGGUGAACGAAGCUGAUUGUGCUGCAUGUGAUUUCAACAAACCCGGUGCACUAUGUAAAAGAAAUAUGGAGUGGUUGUGGAGAGGUGAAAUGCUUCCGGCUAGUCGAAGCGAAUUUCAACGUAUUCAACAGCAAUUGGAAAUUGAGAAAUUUCCACCAAUUGUGCCUGGCGGACCACCAAGGGCCUUUCACGAACUUUCGAAGGAAGACCAAGCGGCAUAUGAAAAGAAACGCCUUCAGGACUACUGCCGCACUGCAUACAAGAAGACGAAAAUCACAAAACUCGAAACAAGAGUUUCAACGGUUUGUCAACAAGAAAACAGUUUUUACGUUGAUACUGUGCGUGCUUUCCGCGACCGGCGCUAUGAAUAUAAAGGACUUACAAAAGUCGCAAAAUCUGCAGUAGUAGCUGCUAUCGCUAGUGGUGACGCGGCCGAAAUUAAAGCUGCCAAAGGCAGAGAAGUUUUGUAUGAUUCGCUGCAGUUGGCGCAUAAAUGUAUUCUGAACUCCUUCUAUGGCUACGUUAUGCGGAAAGGUGCACGCUGGCAUUCAAUGCCUAUGGCGGGAAUCGUAUGUUUGACUGGGUCGAAUAUUAUUCGACGAGCUCGCGAAAUUAUUGAAAGAGUUGGCCGCCCACUUGAGCUGGACACUGAUGGUAUUUGGUGUAUUUUGCCUGCAUCCUUCCCUCAAGAAUUUACCAUCCUCACGAACCACGAGAAGAAAAAGAAAAUCAAUAUUUCCUAUCCGAAUGCUGUCCUCAAUACUAUGGUUAAGGAUCAUUUUACGAACGAUCAAUAUCAUAACUUGAAAUCUCCUUCAGAACCAGGCACGCUACCUGAAUACACAAUUCGAUCAGAAAAUUCUAUCUUCUUCGAAGUUGAUGGCCCCUAUUUGGCGAUGGUACUACCAGCCGCGAAGGAAGAAGGAAAAAAGUUGAAAAAGCGAUAUGCGGUCUUUAAUUUCGAUGGCUCUUUAGCAGAAUUAAAAGGAUUUGAAAUCAAACGGCGAGGAGAGCUUCAACUCAUUAAAAAUUUUCAGAGUUCUGUUUUCGAAGCAUUUUUACUAGGAAGUACUCUAGAGGAGUGUUAUGGAAGUGUUGCAAAAGUAGCGGAUUAUUGGUUGGAUGUGCUUUACAGCCGCGGAAGUAAUCUACCCGAUAGUGAAUUGUUUGAACUUAUAUCUGAGAAUCGCUCUAUGUCGCGAAAAUUGGAGGAUUAUGGUGGUCAAAAAUCAACAUCAAUUUCAACAGCGAAACGUUUAGCUGAAUUCCUGGGCGAUCAAAUGGUUAAGGAUGCUGGUUUAUCCUGCAAAUACAUAAUAUCCAAGAAGCCUGAAGGCGCUCCUGUAACAGAAAGAGCAAUACCUCUAGCUAUUUUCCAAUCAGAAGAGAGCGUGAGAAGACAUUACUUACGGCGGUGGCUGAAGGAUAACACAAUGGGCGAUGCUGAUAUUAGAGACGUUCUAGACUGGAACUAUUACAUCGAACGAUUAGGAGGUGCUAUUCAAAAGAUUAUUACAAUUCCGGCCGCGUUGCAGGGCCUAUCGAAUCCCGUCCCUCGAGUCCAACACCCCGAUUGGCUUCAUAAACGAAUGCUUGAAAAGAACGAUGUGCUGAAACAACGUCGUAUUAACGAAAUGUUCAUUUCUAAACCAAAGCCUGUGCAAGAACCUCGUGAAAUUAGAGAUAUCGAAGAUGUAACCGGACCUUCAAACACAGCAACAUCUAAUGGCUUACCCGUUGUAACAAAACGUAAGAGAGUACCUUCUGUGUCAGAAGAACCUGAAAGUACGGCGAAGACCUGGCGUGAAGCUUUAGGAGCCCCACCUUCAAUAGGAAACUCUCGAGCCGAAAUUGUUGCAUGGGUAGUUUUCCAAAAGAAAAAAUGGGCUUGGCAGCUCGCUCAGAAGGAGAAAGUUAAGCAACUCCGUAAGAAGAGUCGCACUGAUAACGACGCUCAGAUGGUUGCCCAAUCCAAAGUAAGAACGAAUGCAGCAACAUUAGGAGGAUUUCUACAGCGAGCGAAGCGAUCGAUUUUGGAGCAGGCAUGGCAAAUCAUUCAAAUAAAUCCUAUAGACAAUGUAGGCAAUUUCAACGUUUGGGCAAUGCUUGGUGACGAAUUGCAUAAAAUUCGUCUUGUAAUCCCCAGAAUAUUCUAUGUAAAUCAACGAACUCCAGCACCUCCUGAAGAAGGUCAAGUGUGGAAAAAAGUCAACCGAGUUCUGCCAAGAUCACGGCCAGUUAACUAUCUAUAUCGAUACAGUGUACCGGAAAAAGUAUUUACAGAUAACCGCUUGGGAAUGCUUGCAGAUUUAGCGACUCCUGAUAUUGAGGGAAUCUAUGAAACACAGAUGACACUAGAAUUCCGCGCUCUUAUGGACUUAGGAUGCCUAUGUUCUGUCCAGCGAGACGAAGCACAUAAGCUUGCGAGUGCACCAACAAAGGAUUUGGACAUAUUCUCCAUUGAGCAACUUGAGAGGCGAGCACUGAGUUACCGGUCGUAUCUAUCAAAUUCUGAAAAUUUAAAAAAGAUAUUUUUAUAUCAACACAAUAUUCCAACAGCAAAGAAAGAGAUUUGGGGUUUGUUUUUAGUAGCCAGUAAAAAGGCUCUGAUCAUCGCGCUCGAUACAGUGCGUGCAAACCAAAUGCCGAAUAUGAAAAAUCUUUACACAUCCGAACGAAUGGUACUGCUGAAGAACGCUGAAAAUGAGGUAGGCGUAGCAAAAUUGCCACCUGAGGAUAUGUCAUUCGAAAUAUUGCUCGAAACUGAUAUAAAACAAGUCUACCGCCACAUUCAAAAAGCAUUGAAUCAGUACAAAGAAGAACGUAGAGGACCUACUAUAUUAUGCCUUCAAACAGCUCUUGAAGCUGCAAAACUAAACGCAGCCAUGCCGACACUUUUGGACUUUCCAGAAGCUCAAAUCCACAUUAGUGACGAUGCGUCGUUGUUGCAGCCUUUGGACUGGCAACGAGUAGGGACGCGAGCCAUGAUUCGCCACUUUCUGAACUUGAAUAAUGUCAUUGAUUUGAUGUUGGAGCAAUGUAGAUACUUCCAUGUUCCAAUCGGGAACAUGCCGACAGACACAGUUCUCUUUGGUGCUGAUUUAUUUUUCGCAAGGCUUCUGCAGAAGAAUAAUUUCGUUUUAUGGUGGUCAGGUACAAGCCGACCAGAUCUCGGAGGUCGAGAAGCAGAUGAUAAUCGUCUUCUUGCUGAAUUCGAAGACAAUAUCUCCGUAGUUCAAAAUAAACCGGGGUUUUAUCCGAAUGUUGUUGUUGAACUUGCUUUGGAUAGUUUAGCGGUGAGCGCAUUACUGCAAGCGAAUAAAAUUCAAGAAAUCGAAGGUGCCAACUCAGCAAUCACUUUCGAUGUAAUCCCACAAGCUUCGCUAGAAGAAAUGGUAGGAAAUGUUCCAGUAGCUACUCUUCCAAGUUAUGAUGAAACCGCUUUGUGCAGCGCUGCUUUUCGCGUUAUGAGAUCUAUGGUGAACGGUUGGUUACGAGAAGUUUCUAUAAACCGAAAUGUGUUUUCAGAUUUUCAAAUUGUGCAUUUUUAUCGUUGGGUUCGAUCAAGCAACGCAUAUUUAUAUGAUCCCGCGCUUCGACGAUCAUUGAAUAAUUUAAUGAGGAAAAUGUUCUUGCAGAUAAUUGCUGAGUUCCAAAGGCUCGGAGCUAAAAUAGUGUAUGCGGACUUUAAUAAAGUAAUCAUCGAUUCGGGAAAAAAAACAGUUGUUGACGCCAUUGCGUAUGCUGACUACAUAGUGCAAAGUUUGCGACACAAGGAAAUCUUCCACAGCAUUCAUUUGUCCUAUCAGCAAUGUUGGGAAUUUAUGCUUUGGUUGGAUUCUUCAAAUUAUUCAGGAGUACGUGGUAAGCUUCCUCGUGGAUUGACAUCAGGAACUUCACAAACGACAGAUGAAAGCGAAAUGGAUAAUGACAACGAAGAUGAUGAAAUCGCGUUAGAAAUGAACUGGAAUAUUGGUGAGCGGUUGUCAGCAGAAAACGAGUGUCAGGAUAAAUUCAAAACAAUAAUGGCUUUGUUCAUGCAAUCAUUGGCAAUGCAAAACUCACCCUCUCAUGCCAUUAAGGAUAUCUCACACUUUGCCUACGAGUGCACCCAGAAAUUGCAUAAAGGAUAUGGGAAAGGAAAGGACAGUCCUGCUUUGGAUUUGAUUAGGGCGCUAAUCAAAGUUUUAUCUGUUGAUAGUAGCUUAGACGAAGAUGUGUUAGAUUUACGUCGAAAUAUGUUGCGUUUGGUUGGAGUAGGUGAAUUCAGUGAUAUGGCAACCUGGGUAGAUCCGAUGAACUCUUAUAUUCUUAAUGAAGUUAUAUGUAAAGCUUGCAAUCAUUGCCGUGAUUUGGACCUAUGUCGAGAUAAACACCGUGCAUCAAAAAAUGGACAACCAGUUUGGUUGUGUGCCCAAUGCUACGUUAACUACGACAACGAAGAGAUCGAAAUGCGUAUAAUCGACGUCGUUCAACGAAAAAUGAUGUCCUACACUCUCCAGGAUCUGCGCUGCACCAAAUGUAAGCAAAUUAAACGGGAAAAUCUCGCAGAAAUGUGUUCUUGUGCGGGCACCUUUGAAACUCUGAUUCCUGGUCGCGACAUCUCCGCCCUGCUGAAGACAUUCCUGCAAGUCGCCGAAUCGUAUCAGAUGUUUUUACUUAAGGAAAUCAUUGAACAGUUCAUAGGAAAGACGUGAAAUUGGACCAAAUAUACACACACAAAAAUUAUUUAAAG